AUGUCAACGUCUACGUACACCAUCCCUGACCGCAUCGUGCCAAUGCGCGUCAUCGUCUGUGGCGUCCAUCGCACAGGAACGUUGAGUAUUCGUAACGCUCUGUGGCAGCUCGGUUUCCAUGACUGCUACCACAUGCAAACUCUCUUCAACAAUCCCACCCGCGCCCCUGAAUGGGUACGUGCCAUGGAAGCAAAGUAUGCCGAUAAGGGGUCCUUUACCCGCGCAGACUGGGAUCGCUUGCUCGGCGAUUGUCAAGCUGUGUGUGAUGUGCCCGCUGCGUUCUUUGGCCCUGAAUUAGCGGAGCUGUACCCUGAAGCUAAAGUCAUUAUCAUGAAUCGAGACCCUGAGAAGUGGUAUGAGAGUUACAUGGCCAAGUAUAGCAAAUCGAUGAGAUCUCUGGUUCAGAAAUACGACCACGGAAAUGAUAAGGACAAGGCAAUUGCAUGGUACAAAGCGCAAUACCAAGAAUUCCACGACAGAAUUCCAGCGGAUCGGUAUAUCGAGUAUACCAUCACAGAGGGCUGGGGACCGCUGUGCGAAUAUCUUGGUGUUCCCGUACCAGAAGUUCAGGACCCCACGACAGGAAAGAUGGUUGAGGCACCAUUUCCACAUCUCAAUGAUGGUGAGACGUUUAGAAGGAACAGCGUGGUUAUGAAGAAGAAGACCAUGCAGAGGGCGAAUCAGAACUUACUGGCGGCUGUGGGGAGGUUGGCGUUGACGGGUGUGGUGGGAUAUGCUGGUUAUCUGGCGUGGAAGACUCGACUUGGGGGACGUAUCUAG